AGUAAUAGUAGUAUCAUUUAGAUAGAUAAAAAAAAAAAAAAAAAGGUAAAGGUAGAGAUACAAACAGUACAGUAAAGAAGAAGCACAGUAUCUCCCUCUUUCCAAGAAAUUAGGGUUUUUUUCGAUCGAAUUCGCGGCAAGUAGGAUCAAUUUCUUCCGACAGCAGUAGCCUUCUUCCUGAUUUUGCUCUACGACGAGUUUCGAUGCAGUGUGCUAAGCUAAAGACAAGGAACAAACCCGAAUCCAAAUAUGUUUUUGCCAAAUUUGUCUCAUAGUUUAUGGAUUUGGAGAGGUGUUUAAGCUUGAUUUUGGAGUAUCUUUAGACGUGUUGAAAAGCCGUAAGCUUGAGGGGUUUCUUAGCCAAAAGGGUCUGUCUAGUGAAAUCAGCAAAGGAUGGGUUCGCUCUGUUGUGUUGCUGCAAAGUCAGAUAAAUCAAAUUCUGCAAGCCGGGAUUUUUCGUUUGGCCCGUCUGAGCCUUACUGGAGAACGAAUACAAGUUUCUCUCCACCUUCCUCGAGAUGGGAUGUCCACGGAUUCAUCGAUGGUGUUAGCAUUUAUGGAUCUUCCGCAUCAUCAAAUGCCAAUGUUCUUCGCAGUCCCGACCUUUCUCAGGCUCUUCAUUGGACACCUAAUGAUUUUGAAUCUGCUGCAACAACAAGAGAUCAGAUUCUGAAGCAACUACCGGGUACAUCAAGAAACGUCGGUACCGGGUGUUCGUUCUCGUCUUGUUCUGAUAUUGCUGACUCUGAACCUAACCGGAACUUCUCGAGCCGGCGAUUUUUUCUGUCUAAGCCGGUUCAUCCUAUACUGCAUCCUUCUGACAACGCUAGAGAAACAACAUCCGACUCUGCGGAUGCCUGUAGUUGGAGCAGCGGGACGACAGGCAGCAUCGAUUCUGUGGAUGUUCCCGAGCCAGUUCUUGAUUGGGAUACUAAUAACUCUGCCAAAGCACAAGGAGUAGUAGUUUCAUCUUCAUUUAAAUGCGGAUUGUGUAACAGACACCUCUCGCUGAAAUCUCCUUGGGGGUCUCGGUCCAUCGUAAGAAACCGAGACAUGCCCAUCACAGGGGUACUUCCAUGUCAACACGUCUUUCAUGCGGAGUGUCUUGACCAAUCAACUCCAAAGGCUCACCGUAACGACCCACCUUGUCCAGUAUGCUUCAAACAUGAAGGAGAACACACCAAACUACACAACGUUGUCGAGAGGCUUAAACCGCUUCGUGAAGAUGGGCCAUCGACAAGACCGUGGGGCUGUGCUCAGGCCGGUGACUGUGUUGAAAGCGCUUUUAAUGUGCCGCCGAGAAACACCAUGGUAAUGAUUAACCGGAAUCGGAUAAGGAAAAACCUUCCGUUGAGAGGAUAUCCAAGAAAAGACUCUCCGAGGAAAAUCAAGAAAAGUAGCUCAGUUUCCAUUGAAAAUCUGACGAAUCAAGUCUCGCUUGUGCAUUCUAGAGGGAAAGAGAAAGCUUAAUGGGAAAAAGAAGCAGAAAUAUCAAAAGGUCGAUUCUUUGACCUACUUAAAUUUUAACCUUUUGACUGAGUAAUUAUUCUUGGAAAUCAUUAAAGGGCUGUAAAAUUUGUUUACAGCUUUGACUGUUAUUUUGGUCUUGUAAUCAUUCUAUCUACCUGCUGGCCGACCAUUUUAACCGGUUUAUUACCCAAUCGUCAAGCUUCC